AUGAAGCUCCUCGUGGCGACGCUCGCCCUUUUCUCUUCCCUGAUUACUUCCUCACACGCCCUGUACUUCUACCUCGACGGGACUACGCCCAAGUGUUUCUACGAGGAUUUGCCCAAGGACACGCUGGUAGUCGGAACAUACAAGGCCGAAUCCUGGAACAGCCAAACGAAUUCUUUCCAUGUGACAUCGGAGCUGCAGAUCCAGAUCACCGUGGAGGAGACGUUCGACAACGACCACCGCGUGGUGACGCAGACGACGACCUCCUCGGACGCGCCGACCAAAUUCACCUUCAGCGCCGCCGACAGCGGGUUGCACCGGUUGUGUUUCAAGCCCUCGGGUGCCGGCGCCGUCAGCGUGGGCGGCUGGCUCUCUGGCGCCGGCGCGACCAUUGGCGGCGUCAAGCUGACCAUCGACAUGGCCAUUGGCGAGACCAGCAAGAUCGAGAGCGAAGACAAGGGCAAAAUUGACAGUAUCGUGGGCAAAGUGAGGGAGCUGAAUGGUCGCUUGGCCGAUAUUCGACGGGAGCAGGUCUUCCAACGGGAACGAGAAGCAGAAUUCCGCGACCAGAGCGAAGCCACCAAUGGAAAGAUUGUGCGGUGGACAUUGAUUCAGUUGACCGUCCUCGGUGUGACAUGCGCCUGGCAGCUCUCACAUCUGCGGUCUUUCUUCAUCAAGCAAAAGUUAACAUAA